CGUAAACAAUAGCAGGUGCAGUGACGAAAACAAUCGAUGCGUUUACGUUUAGUGUGUUGAGAUCAGUCGCAGUGAAAUCUUUAUCGAGGCAGGUUGCAACUUCCCGCAAUAGUGCAUUUAACCAUGGCCAGUGAACAGUCGACCAGUCCUGAUUACACACACCUGGUCGAUGCGGAUUCUAAGAACAAAACAGAUGUAAAGUGUGACCAUUGUGGUUCGGUUAUGCUAAAACCAGCGAAUGCCGAAUUCACAACUGUUCAGUACGAACUUCCGCUGGCCCGGCAGAAGCGACAAAACGCCGACAAAGAGGAAGACUUUACGAGGGAAACACUGAAACACUUCUGGAUGGUGAAGGACAUGUUCACGUUCGAAAACAUCGGCUUCAGUAAUACGGUCAACAAUCGGAAGUAUUUGAUCUGUGCCGACUGUGAGAUCGGUCCGGUAGGGUAUCAUGAUUUGGAAACCAAACAGUGCUACGUUGCUCUUGGGCGAGUAAAACACGAAUAAAUCAACGCUUGCUGUGUUGAAAAUGUAUUAAAUAUAUCUCACUAUGAACAGAGACAAGAC